AGCCCAUGAUGCAUGCUGGGUAAUACUCGGAAAAGAGCAGGAUACACACACACACAUUCACACACACAUACACACAGAAAAAGAGGCGGUGUGUGUUUUUGUUGUGUCUGUAUGUGGAGCUCCAGAUGCUCGCCGGGAUGACGGGAUUCACCACUCCGGACUCCUGAGGUGUGAGCCGUGACGUGUGUUUCUGCUCAAGGCCUGAUGGAGCCUGAUGUGAUCCGCAUCUACUCCUCCUCUCCGCCGCCGAUGGAGGACGCUGGCGAGGACGAGGAGGACGAAUUCAGCGACUUCACCGGCGUCCCGAACAGCACCAGCUUCUCAGAGUUCGACACGCCAACCACCUUCAACCAAUCUCAGGCCCUGAACGCCACUUCGCCACCAGAGCUGCUGAGCAAUGGACGGAUCGUGGGUCUGUCUUCACAAUCCUCCGGGUCUACCAAGGCUAACGGCGUAGCGCCUGGCGGGGGUCAGACUAGCAUGCCAAAUGGCAGAACGGUUAGCGUUGAGGAACUCAAAAAGCUGACCGAGCACCAAGCUCACAUCACAUCUCUGGAGUUUCCGACCAGCUCUCGAACUGACAAUGACUGCAAUGGCACUGUUGAGGUGCUUACAAACGGGUUUGCAAGCUUAGAGCAAGCAACAAGCCCACCUACGCCACACAAAAACAACGAAUCUGAUGACGAUUUUGCAGAUUUCUCUGCUUUUUCAAAUGCUGAACAUGACCAGCCUUCAAAUACAGACUGGGAACUGUCUAAUCAAGGGUGUAGAGUGGCUCAGAACGACAUUAGCGACAGUGUUGAACUUUCCAAUCAAGGGAGUAGAUUAGCUCAGAAUAACGUUAGCGGACAGUGUGAGGAGAGUAUAGAAGGGGUUUCAAAAAUCACAGGGUUUGGACUCCCUUCAGAAAGCUCUGAAGGUCUCAGUAAUGGGGACUUGGGUUUUCAUGAGGGAUCAGAUUUAGAUCAAGGAGAUCUAGAAACUAAUACUACUGAAUACGUUAGCACAUCGCUAACUCUUAACGGCGUUGCUCGGAGCGAGAGCGAUGACAAUAGUGUGUCUCCAAAUGGUGAGAGAUGUAGCGGCGGACAAUCAGACGAGAAAGGCUCUGAGACUGAAGAAACCGAAACGGAGACCUCCUUCGGUCGGCCGCUGUCCACAGAGGCGCUCGAAGAAUUCGGCGACUUCAGCACGACGGGAUCCGUACCAUCGCCUCCGCUUCAGGAGGAGACCGCCACUCCUGCUGACCACAGCCAGCUAGCCGAGGACGAUGACGAGGAUUUCGGAGACUUCGGUGACUUUGGAGAUGCCAAUGCAUUUAGUGCAGGUGGUUUUGCAGAUUUUGACCAGCAGGGGGCGGAGACGCAAGUCACUCAGCCUGAAGUGACCGCAGAGAAAGCUGAAGAUGACGAAUUUGGUGAUUUUGACACAUCAAAAGAAUUUAGUAAAACAGAUUUGCCAGCUGAGGAAGCCACAACGUCUGCGGACUUUCCUGGAAGUGACAGUUUUGCGGAUUUUAGCUCUGCACAGGGGAACGAUUGCGGUGAUGACGGAGGUUGGCAAGCGUUCUCUGAGCCAGAUCAGAGCCAAAAUGGAGAGGAAUCAUGGGCAACAUUUGAGCAGGCACAGGAUGGAGCAUGUGCUGAAAAGAGUGGAGAUAAUUGGCAGCCAGACACAGCACCCCCUACUGGUGUGGAGGAGCGCAAAAGUUGCACAACGGCGGCACUGGUCAGCCGUCUGGAGAAGAUCUUCCAGGUCAGUUUCGAGCUGGUUGUGUCUCCUCGGGUGGAGGAUGAGGUGAACACACUCCACAGCUUCCUCAAACCUCCAUCAGAAGAGCAGGAUGGAGGCCGAGGACAGACCUGCGGGGCAGUGCGGGACGUGUGGCAGCAGCUGCAGGAUGUGAAUAAUGCCUUCGGUCUGCGAUAUCAAUGGGGCGGCUCUCACACCAAUAAAGCUCUGCUCUGCUCUCUGGGCAUCGACACUAGAAAUAUACUGUUUACAGGCCAUAAAAAGCAGCCUGUGAUUGUGCCAAUGUACGCUGCCAGUCUGGGGAUGCUGGAGCCCACAAAAGAGCCUGUGAAGCCGGUGUCUGCUGCCGAAAUGAUCGCCUCAAUAGCACAAUCUCCUUCAGUCGCCACAGAGUUGAGCUCCUGUCCACCGGAUAACACACAGGAGUCUCUUCCUCCUGUUCAGUUUGACUGGAGCAGCAGUGGCCUUACCAACCCUCUGGACGCGAGUGGAGGCUCGUCUCUGCUCAACCUCGAUUUUUUCGGCCCUGUGGAUGAAUCGCCCUCCGGCACGGCCACCUCUAUUCCAGGCGUUGACCCAGAGCUGUACGAGUUGACCCAGGUGAAGCUGGAGGUCAGCGGGGGCAGCAGUCGUGUUGUGGAUGCGUUUGCUCGCCUCAUGUCGACUGUAGAGAAGACCAGCACCUCCACCAGCAGAAAGCCAGUGCCGAAGGAGGAGAAUCUGAGCUCGGAGGCUCAGCGGGUGAUCUCAGGCCUGCCGGAUCUGUCCUUCAUGCAGGCUAAAGUGCUGAUGUUUCCCUCCACACUGACUCCUCUCCUGCCCUCGUCCUCUACGCCCGACUGACGCGCUCUUUUCCUCUCUUUCAUUGUGUAUCACUCUCCAGCUCCACAAUAUCUGACCCCAUCUAUGAUUUUAAUGCCAUCCUUUCAGUUCUCCAGCUCUCGUUCCUCAUUCUAGCCGUUUUUAAGUUCAAACACAUCGUCCUGUACGCCAGAGAGAGAGUGCUAAUCGGCUCAGUUGCCAAGAUUAAGAUAUUUUAUUCGUAGAGUGACUGUAGGAAGAGUUUGUGUUAAUAUUAGAGCCAAUCUGUAUAUAAUCAGGGAUGAGAUUUUGUUUUUUCUUUCGAGUAUUCUUCACCGGUUACGUUAGUGUGUGUGAGAGAGAAAAGAAACAGAGGCACUUUCUUAUUUUCCAUGGGGUUUUUUUGACUUAAAAGUCCUUCAGCGGCACAAAUGAUGAUGUGAAUGAUCUGAUUUGUAUUUAGAUUAUAUAUAAAUGCAUAGUUAUAUCGACUUGAAACCAAACCGCCUGCAAAUUUCUCGAUUUCUUUGAUUAUUUUUUAUUUUUUUGCAUAACAAAGGCCUUAGUUUUGAAUCAUUACGGCUGACGUUAGGAUUUAUAUCGUUAAAACUGUAGGUUUCAGUUGUGUUGAUUUCCCACAUGCAUUAGCGAACACUUUAGGUUUCUGUUGUGCACAUUAGAGUUGAAUUAAUAAUUAUCUUGAUUCCACACUGACAGAUUUAGCUUUAAUAUCUAGCUGCUCAUCUUUUGUUCUCAUUUUAUUCUUUUUUUAAUGCUAGUUGAAACCACUGGCUUCCGACUGUAAUGUAGUGAAGGAAUUGUUGAAUGAAUGAUUAACUUGAAUAUAUAUAUAAAUAUAAAUAUAUAGAUGUAUCGAGAAUAAGGGACCAAUAUCUGCUGUAACAGUUUGCUGAUUUCCCUGUGUUUUCGGUCAUGCUGUGUUUUAUUUAAUCUCUCGUGACUCCUCUGGAGGACGUCUGCCAUCAUUGUGGAUUGCAUGAGGGGAAACGUUCGCCAGAAGGGUCUUCUCAUCCUUUGGCUUUUGGUUAUUUUUCGUCUGUUUGUCGUUUUAUUUAGUCGUGUCACUGUUUAGUCUGUCUCCUGGAGGAUUUUGCACAUUGUAAAGAUAUAUGGAAGAACUUGCUUACAUAGUUAACUGUGGCUUCAGACUGUGUGCAGUCAAACUAUGGAACAUGUAAAAAUUGUUAUGGGAAAAUUCCUAUGGAAAACUCAUACCGAUGAAUGAUAUCUCUAAAGAGCCUGUACUGAGGUCAAUCGCGCAUGCCCGGGUUCUUUGAAGAACAAAAAAAAGUGUGUAAAUUUUCUUUAAGUGUACACAAGAAAUUAAAAUAAUUUAAGAGAAAA